ACUUUCUUCUGCCACAGGUGCCGAAGAAAGUUAUUGAAAUAAUUAUUAAAGGGUUACUUUCAUUCUUUUCAAGCUAUACUUAAAAUGGAGGCGCCAAACGAAAACAUUUAUGGCCGUGCCGAACGCUCGGCGAGUUUUACGGAUGUAAACGACUGUACAUGUAGUAAUCUAUGGAACGAGGACGAAGUCAUUCCAAUGGACAUUUACACUGCUUGUUCUAUCGGUGAAUACAGUUGUGUUCGGCAACAUCUAGCAGAUGGAGUGGAGUUAGCCGAUCUCGAUAGACCCAAUUGUAGUGGAUGGACUCCUUUGAUGUAUGCUGCUUAUGUUGGCCACGACAAUAUAGUUAAUCUUCUCCUUGACUGCCAUGUUAAUGUGAACGCGAUUACAGCAAAGAAUGGGGCCACCGCGCUUAUGCUUGCUGCAAGUUGUGGAAACGAAUCUGUUGUUUACUUCCUGCUACAAAAGGGUGCUAAGAUCGAUGCUCAAGACAAGAGAGGAUGGACUGGUUUGUUUUAUGCAACGUACCAAGGACAUCACAAGGUUGUACAGUUGUUGUUAGAGAACGGGGCUGACAAGGAGUUAAGGGAAUAUAGGUUAGGCCUGACUCCAUUGCUGGCAGCUGCAAAAGAGGGACAUGAAGUCAUCUUUGAAGAACUUGUUAGAAGCAAUGCAAACAUGACUGCUCACACAAACCGUGGAGAGGAUGCACAAUCUUUAGCCCUGCAGAAUGGGAACAUGACUGUAGUAAACAUAAUAAAUCAGCAGGCCUUUCUCAAUUUGCCAAACAUCAUGCUGCGAAGUGAACCUGGUCUUGUACCUGAUUAUAGUGAUAACGUUGAAGAUAAGGUUUGUGCAUGGCAACAAAAGAAUGUAAUCCCAAACAUUGGGAUUCAAGAUGGACCAGAGGCCUUUAAAAAGUUGAUGAGCAGUCAUCAGAAUGAUAGAAAGCCAGUGAAUAUUCCUAGUACGACAGGGGAACAGGAAAGGGCAGGCCAUUUUGUUGGAAGUCCAUACUGUUUAGCCAAUACACCAGGCACUCCUGUUGGUAGUUAUGAAUCUGAGCACUUUUUCAUUAACUGUGGCAGAACUGUUCAAAGUGCUAGCUUGCAUAAAAAGCUACAAAAAAUGCAUAGUUCUGGAAGUGAUGCCAGUAGAAGCCCCCAACUUCAAGCUGAGGAAGCUCCACUUACAAAACCGAGUAUUGCAAACUUUCUUGAUGAAUUGAAAUUGACAAAAUAUAUUCCCACAUUUGAAGAACAAGAUGUGGAUUUUACUACACUACUAACUCUCACAGAGAGUGACCUUAAGGAAGUUGGAAUUUAUUUGUUUGGUCCAAGAAGGAAAAUUCUUACAGCAAUAUCAGAAUGGAAGAGAGAAAAUAAUUAUCCGAACACAGAAAAUGACAGAAAAGCUCUGGAGGAAUGCCAACAUCAAGCUCACAAGAUAGAAGUGCAGCUUCUUGAUGCCACGUCUGAAGUGAAGCAGCUUCAAAAACACUUCUCACUGGAAAAAGACUUGCGUCUUUGUGUUGAAGGUUGUCUAGUGGAAGAGAAAGCGAAACGACAAGAGAUUUACACAAGGGUGUGUCAAAUGAGGGAACACUGGCAACAAGUGGAAGAAGAAAGGGAAAAUUUAAAAUCCCUUUGUAGAGAAUUAGAAGAGAAUGGUAACUUUUCUCAGGCACGAGUCAAAGAGGUGCAUUGUAAACUAGAAAGGUCUGUUGAAAAUCUGGGAAAGGUUGUUCAGUUAGGUAAAACUGGUAUUAAUACUAUUUUGUAUGUGGAUCAGAGUUCCCAGACUGGGAAUUCCUCUGAAUCCUCCGGUAAUUCAAGUUCUUAAUUUUUUAACUCUCUUUUUCAUCCAAGUUAAUAUAUAUUAGUUUUUGACUCCUCUUUUUAACAUUAAUUUGUUAUAAGCAUAUUAGAAUUAAUCUUUCGUUGACAAGGCUGAGACAUUUCUUGUUUUAGCUUAUAAGAGUCACUCAGUUGUUUUGACUCUGAGGACUUGGGAGGAAUCUGCACAUGAUCAGGGCAACCACAGACCAGUAGGCAUUGACCAUCAAGCACUAAACUAAUAACCUUCACCAUGCAUUUGGUUAAACUGUUCCAUUCUUCAUUGUUCAUUAUAAAGAUAGUGAAUUUCUGGUGAUGUUUUGGUGGUCCACUUUUAAAAUCACCCAUUUGCACAAAGUAAUAAAUUCUGCAGUAGCACAGAUAUCUGUAGAUGUAAUUUAAUUUAUAAUAAUAACAAUAAUAAUAAAGGUCUUUAAAAAGAAUUAUUGUGCAAACAG